AUGGUCGACAAAAAGGCAGUCAUAGCUGAAGAGCUUCACAAACCAGCUCGCAGGAACUAUAAACGUCGUCAUGUUGACAUCCGAGGUCUCGAUGAGACUUGGCAAGCUGACUUGGUUGAGAUGAUUCCAUAUGCAACAGUUAAUAAAGGAUACAAGUAUCUGCUUACAAUAAUAGAUAUAUUUUCAAAUGCUAUGAAGUCUGUACUCCAACAAGGUCGUAUACCUAAGAAUCUCCAUGUUGAUCAGGGUAAAAGAGUUUUACAACAAAAGGAAUUCAAAGAUCUGAUGAAGCAGCACAAGAUAAAUCUUUACUCAACAUUCAGCAAUCUCAAAGCAUCUAUUUGUGAGCGUUUCAAUAGAACACUUAAGACUAAAAUGUGGAGAGAAUUCACAGCUCGUGGUAGCUAA